AAGUGUGAUUGACGGCGGCCGCGGUGACGCAACAUCCUGCUGCUGCUUCGUUCUUUCUCGGCUCGCAGGAUCAAUGGGCAACUAACGCUCGCUGAAAACUACAGUUUCUGGAGAUUUAAAGGGUCUAAAGUGAGCCGAUUGUGACAAGUGUCAGAGAUGCCGGGCCUCAGCUGUAGGUUUUACCAGCACCGCUUCCCAGAGGUGGAGGAUGUGGUGAUGGUGAACGUGCGCUCCAUCGCUGAGAUGGGCGCGUAUGUCAGUCUGCUGGAGUACAACAACAUUGAGGGCAUGAUCCUGCUGAGCGAACUGUCCCGCAGACGCAUCCGCUCCAUCAACAAACUCAUCCGCAUCGGACGCAACGAAUGUGUGGUGGUCAUCAGAGUGGACAAAGAGAAGGGAUACAUUGAUUUGUCCAAGAGAAGAGUGUCUCCGGAAGAAGCCAUCAAGUGUGAGGAUAAAUUCACCAAAUCUAAAACCGUGUACAGUAUUUUACGGCAUGUGGCUGAAGUGUUGGAGUACACUAAGGACGAACAGCUGGAGAGUUUGUUCCAGCGAACCGCUUGGGUGUUUGACGAGAAAUACAAGAAGCCUGGAUACGGCGCCUAUGACGUCUUCAAACAGGCCGUGUCCGAUCCCUCCAUCCUGGACGGUUUGGAUCUGACAGAGGAGGAGAGGGACGUGCUCAUCGACAACAUCAACAGACGCCUCACUCCACAGGCUGUCAAAAUCAGAGCGGACAUUGAGGUGGCGUGUUAUGGAUAUGAAGGCAUUGAUGCUGUCAAAGACGCUCUGAGGGCGGGGCUUAACUGCUCCACAGAGGCCAUGCCAAUCAAGAUAAACCUGAUUGCACCGCCGCGAUACGUCAUGACCACCACCACUCUGGAGCGCACCGAGGGUCUGUCAGUGCUCCACCAGGCCAUGACCGCCAUCAAGGAGCGCAUCGAGGAGAAGCGAGGAGUCUUCAAUGUCCAGAUGGAGCCCAAAGUGGUGACGGACACAGACGAGACAGAACUGCAGCGGCAGCUGGAGCGUCUGGAGCGAGAAAACGCAGAGGUGGACGGCGAUGACGACGCGGAGGAGAUGGAGGCCAAAACAGACGAGUAGAUCAACAACUACUUCAGCUCAGAAACCCGUUCAGAUGAACUGAUGCUGCAGAGAAUUCACUUUUACACAAACAUCAUAAAGCUGAUUUUCUGAACCUUGGCCUUUUAACCCUUCACAGCUCUGAUGAAUAUUAACAUUUAAGCUGAUUCAACAAUGCAGAGUGAAGACUGAUGUUCUCUGAAGUAAAACCUGUUUCUCGCUCUGCUGCAAUCUCAGUAAAAUACUAGAAAGUUGCUGGAAGUUUUGUAUUUUUUUGCA